AUGUUAGGAAAGCUAUUUGUGAUAAUAUCAGCUGUACUUGCUGUCAACCUCGUAGGCUCAUUUGGAAAAACCUGCAAUGACUGCAUACUUCUCUCCGAAUGUCCCGGAGCAAUUUAUCUUGCUGUUUAUAAAAAGACCCCUAAAACUGAGGGCCUCAUCAGGAGUUCUUUAUGUUCAACGGAAACAGUCAGCGACAUUCCAAAGAUCUGUUGCUCCGAGUUCCCUCCCGCACCAUCAGAGAUAGACAACCAUCCAAAUUUAUCAUUGUUACCUGAAGACUGUGGUGAAAUCGAAGGCAGUAGAGUCGUCGGAGGCGAGGUUGCCAGGCUCUACGAAUUUCCAUGGAUGGUCCUAAUUUCUUACAAUACCCGUUUAGGCAAGGAGUUCCUUUGUGGGGGCACUCUGAUAAACUCUUUAUACGUGCUCACCGCUGCUCACUGUAUUAAAGAUAGGAAAAUUGCGGGUGUGCGCCUCGGCGACUACAAUUGGGCAAAGCGUGAAGACUGCGACGGUAAUACCUGCGAAACAAAUAUACAGGACGUUGGUGUAGCAGAAAGGAUCAUCCAUCCAUCUUAUAGGGGACCACCUUUAGUCCGCAAUGACAUUGCACUUCUUCGUUUAAGAAGACCUGCCAACGUCUCGCUUAAGAACAUAUCACCGAUAUGCUUGCCAGUCACACAGGAGUUAAGGGAACGUAACCUUGUCACUGACCCCGCAACUGUCGCUGGCUGGGGCUUGACUGAGAACAACACUGCCUCUACCAUACUUCUGAAAGUUUUAGUACCCGUCCAUACUAGUGAGGCUUGCAAACUUUAUUACAACAGGAACGCUAAAGAGGACACCACAAAGAACAUACUUUGCGCCGGGGAACUGGGCAAAGACUCCUGCAAAGGUGACUCUGGUGGCCCGCUGAUGUUGGAAGGCGACUACAACGGCAAUUUCAAAAUCAUACAACACGGCAUCGUUUCACACGGACCAAGUCAAUGCGGCUCAAAGUUUCCUGGCGUGUACACCGAUGUCUCGUGGUUCAUGAAAUGGAUUCUGGACACGAUAAAGUCA